GCAAAGCUAAGCACAAACUUGAGGUUGUUUAUAUUCAUCCAUGUAGCUAGAAGUGCUUACUGAUAUUUCUGACUGUGAAUUAGACACUGUUACACGUACAGUAGCCAAGUAACCAGCAAGAAAAACAGAAUGAAUACGAAUUAUAUCAACCGUCUUUGAAACGUUUGUGACAUUGGAAUCUGACAAUGAAAUCUUAAUGAAGAAACGAAAAGUAAAGGAUUUCCACUCAAGGCUCUCGUUAUAUAGAAGUGAGUGCCUGUGUGGUUGACAAUGGUGAACCCAUUCCAUUUGAUGCCGGGCCCAAAGGUUUGGCCCAUCUUUGGAUGUGGACUCAACUACUCUAAGUUUGGUAAAUACAGUUUCGAGCGAUUACAUUUAGCUAAGAUAGACUACUAUAAACGAUACGGGAAUAUCUAUAGGGAACGUCUUGGGCCCAUGUGGAUCGUUAACCUGUUUAGUCCGGAUGAUAUGGCUAAGGUAUUCAGGGCGGAGGGGAGAUACCCUAACAGACCAGCGCUGCCCAUUGUGACGGCAGGGCACAAGCACGAUGGUAUACGACUGGGGCUUGGAUCAUUGGGUGGCAAAGAAUGGCACAAAUUGAGAACUUCUAUUACUAAGAUAAUGAUGAGACCAAAGGCUGCGACUCUGUACCUUCCCGCGCAAAAUAAAGUUGCAGACGACUUUGUGCAAUUCCUGAAAGAAUCUCGAAAUGAAAAGAUGCAAAUCCCUGACUUUUACAAUCAGAUAUUGAAGUAUACGAUGGAAUCGAUAGGAACUGUAUGUUUCAACACCCGAUUGGGGACUCUCUCACAUGACCUCAAGGCUGAUUCCGAAGCAUAUAAAAUGGUGAUGGGAUCGGCAGCUAUGUUUGACGGUGUUGUACGAACAACAUAUGCAUUCCCCUGGUACAUGCUCUUCAGGACAAAACUCUAUAAACAAUUUAAAUGGGGCAAGGAGACGUGUGAGAAAAUUGCCCAGAUCUACAUCGACAAGACAUUGGAGAGGUUGAAAAACACUAAUGAUGGAAAUGAGGCUCAUGAGAGUGAAGUCACUUUUCUGACGACUCUGUUGGAAUCAGGCAAGGUUUCCAAGGAGGAAGCGUUAGAUAUCACUGUUGACCUUUUUACUGCCGCAAUUGACUCGACAGCAUCAGCGUUAUCAUUCGCUAUCUACAAUCUGUCAAAACAUCCAGAAAAACAAGAAAAACUUUAUCAAGAAAUAAAAGAUGUCGUUGGUGAUGGCGGAGAUGUUACGGCUGACCAACUGGACAAGAUGCAUUAUUUAAAAGCAUGCAUAAAGGAAUCAUUUAGAUUAAACUUUCCCAUUGAGGGGGGAACACGUAGAAUACUAGAGGAAAGUUUGGAACUGGGUGGCUACAAAGUUCCCAAAGGGACGCUGAUCGCUAUGAACGCUCAGACGACUUGCCUCAUGGAGGAAUAUUUCGAUAAACCUUUUGAGUAUGUCCCCGAGCGUUGGAUGAAAGAUGGGAGCGCUGAACUGAACCCGCCACCAGCGUUCACCAUGAUGCCAUUCGGCUACGGUCCCCGGAUGUGCGUCGGGAGGAGGUUUGCAGAGCAGGAGAUAUACCUAGCGCUAAUGAAAAUGGUUGGGCAUUUCAAACUGGGAUAUACCGGAAAAGGAAUAGGGAUGCUAAACAGAGUGUUUACAAUGCCAGACUCUCCGCUUACAGUGACAUUUACUGAGAGAUAAGAACUAGCCUAGAUAUAGAUAUGAUAAAAAAUACUCACUGUACUUUUAUGUGCACCUGCAAUGCAUAGUCAACAUCAGUCUCAAAAUGAAAAUAUAUGAAUUCUAUA